AUGAUUUUCCCAGAUUUGGUGAAGGCAGCACAGCUACAAUUAGACAUAGAGGCUAGAAAAUGGUUCCCGGAUAACUGGAGAAUACAAUUGAUCAAUGAUCUUCAAGAUGACUUUGAUCAAGGUCAAUGGCCUAAGGGAUUCUCAAAUACUACCCAUCUAUAUUAUGACGUUGAUGGUGGGGAUUCUGGUGGUGCCUAUACCAACAAAUAUGUUCUUUAUCUAUAUAACUCACUUGAAAGUAACACAUUGGUGGUACUUCCAGAGGGAUUAGCCGUUAUCCUUUACUAUAACUCAGAUUCAGUGUAUCAGAACGAUUUGCCCUAUUAUAUUGUUCAGGCAAUCAUGGAACAUUUACUAAAGUCAGAAAGAGACAUGUUCAAUCAUGAAACGCAUAAAAUUAACUCCGAAGUGGUGUUUGUUUCUCCAAAUAGUACCAGUACAGUAUUGUUCCCCCUGGUGUGGAAUGAUUUAGGUGUCCGGGUGUUGCAAUAUAAUGACACCAUAGACUUGUCAAUGGUCUCCGAUACAAAUAUCACAAGACUCGCGUAUUAUUUAGAAGAAGAUAACAACCAUGUGGAAAACUCCAACAUAUCCAAUUAUACCGUACCUGAACCGUACAAAAGACUUUCUCGAGGUAUGGAGGACUUCAUGGCCAAUGAUAUAGCCUCUAACUUGGGGCUAACUACGUAUCCCUCAGGAAACUUAGAGUUGAGACUCUUAAGUAUGACCCGUCACUUGUGUCUCAAAGUUAUUGAGUCAAACUCUGAAGUAAGAAGAAAACUUCAACAGUGUUUGAAAGGGCCCCAUAAUUAUGACGCAGUUACGUGUUGGAUAGCUUGUUUAAGCCGUUUAGACUCAAGAUGA